GUUGCUAGGAUACUAGAAGUCUCUGAAGACAUGAAGAGGCGCAUGGGUGUGAGCUCAGGACUGGAACUCAUUACCUUGCCUCAUGGACGCCAGCUGCGCCUGGACAUUAUAGAAAGACACAACACCAUGGCCAUUGGCAUCGCUGUGGACAUUCUUGGCUGCACAGGUACUUUGGAGAACCGAGCAGGUACCCUCAAUAAGAUCAUCCAGGUAGCAGUGGAACUAAAAGAUGCCAUGGGAGACCUCUACUCUUUCUCAGCCAUCAUGAAAGCCCUAGAGAUGCCUCAGAUCACAAGGUUAGAAAAAACAUGGACUGCUCUACGGCACCACUACACCCAAACAGCCGUCCUCUAUGAAAAGCAGCUGAAGCCCUUCAGCAAAGCCCUGCACGAAGGCAGAGAGUCCAAGUAUGUCCCACCAAGCAGUGUAUCAGUCCCACUGCUGAUGCCUCUAGUGACCUUGAUGGAACGUCAGGCUGUCACUUUUGAAGGAACUGACAUGUGGGAAAAAAACGACGAGAGCUGUGAAAUUAUGCUGAACCACUUGGCAACAGCCAGAUUCAUGGCUGAAGCUUCAGAGAGCUACAGGAUGAAUGCUGAGAGGAUCCUGGCAGAUUUUCAACCUGAUGAAGAAAUGAGUGAAAUCUUGAAGACUGAAUUUCAGAUGCGAUUGCUGUGGGGCAGCAAGGGUGCUGAAGUCAACCAGACUGAGAGAUACGAGAAGUUCAACCAGAUUUUAACCGCCCUCUCACGGAAACUGGAACCUCCCUCGGUGAAGCAGGCCGAGCUCUGAGAACCACCCAGAAGACCUUGAGGCCUUACCUGAAACUUCUCCAGUCUGGCUCGGAAUGCUUAUUUAUGGUCUGAUAAAUAAUGUGCAAAUCUAACAAGAUACGAGCGUUUAAUAUCCACAGGGUGUUAAAUGUGUAAAUUGCACAGAGCAUACUUAUUUAUGAAUUUAUGAAUUGUUUAAAAUUACUACUGAUUUUUAAAUAAAUGGUAAUUUAUUAUUAAGAUAACUGUUGCUAAUGUUGAUCAGCAAAUUUAAGAAGACAUAGCUAUGUUGCUGGUUGUUUAAUAUCAUGGUAUUUGACCAUCUUAGUUUUAAUUCCAUGUCAUAUAAAUGUAAAUAGAGGCAUUUAAAAGAAAAGCAUGAAACAUUGCAGAAGGUAUCAGUUAUAUGAUAUUCUCUGAAUAUGAAACUGUAAAUAGCCAUGAGUGGAAAUAUAUCUUUUUUUGUGAAA